CUUGAAAAAGGGAAAUAGAAUAGUUGCUUUGUUUAAACUUGUCACUCUUUUCUUGGACAGGUUGGUGUUGUUCGGAAGUUUAGAAACAGAAAUGCACGUGGUUAUUUCCAGAUACAACGUGCAACUGGCAGGAUAAUAUGAACUGUUUAUGACCAAGGCCUUUUUAAGGUUUGAUUCACAAUGAUGAAAACUAUGGAAACCAGUUACCAACAGUUCACUGAGGAACACGAUGAGUCCGAGGAUACCCCUCAAGGUUUAGGGACAAGGAUCCAAGUUGUUCCAGAAAGCGGAAAAUCUGCUCGAUGGAAUCAUGUGGAAGACUUGGACUCUUUCUUCACCCACAUCUACCGCUACCACCAGAAACACGGGUUCAAGUGUAUCUUGCUGCAGGAGGUGUUGGAACUUGUGCAAUUUAUAUUCAUCUUGCUGCUGUCCACUUUUAUGUUGAACUGUGUCGAUUACCAGAUUCUCUUCCGAAACAAUGAGACGGACCAUACAGCCAGUCAGCGCAAAAUCGCUCUUAGUGAUGCAAUAUUACCAAUGGACCAGUGUGUGGCAAAUGUAAGUGCCAUCUGGUGGGUGGUCACCUUCAUGUCUAUUGUCUUCUGGCUCAUACAAUGUGUGCGGGUCGUCUACCACGCUUUCCAGUAUUGGAACAUCAAGGCAUUCUUCAACUCCGCUCUCAAGAUACACGACUCGGAAUUAGACAAUAUCACAUGGCACGAGGUCCAGAAGAGGAUCCGGGAGGUCCAAAAUGAGCAACAGAUGUGUAUUCACAAGACGGAUCUUACAGAGCUGGAUAUUUACCAUCGGAUACUCAGGUUCAAAAACUACAUGGUAGCGAUGGUUAACAAAUCAUUACUUCCAGUCCACUUCAAUAUUCCAAUGGUAGGACCAGUCAUAUACUUCUCACAUGGUCUCAAGUUCAACAUAAACUUUAUCCUUUUCUGGGGUCCGUGGUCGCCUUUUGAGAACUGGAACCUAAAGGACGACUACAAGAAAGGCAACAAGAAGCAUGAAAUGGCAAACCGCUUGUCAACAAUCAUCACAUACUGCUCUUUGCUCAACCUGGCACUGCUCCCUUUCAUUCUGCUGUGGCAGAUCCUCUAUUCCUUCUUCAAUUAUACUGAGACUAUAAAACGGGAGCCAAGCUUCAUGGGGUCUCGGUGCUGGUCACUGUAUGCCCGCAUGUACUUACGUCACUUCAAUGAACUCGAUCACGAACUUAACGCCAGAUUGAACCGUGCGUACCGGCCAGCCUCCAAGUAUAUGAACAUUUUCACAUCCCCUGUCAUGACUAUCAUUGCCAAGAAUGUGGUAUUUGUAGCUGGUUCGAUGUUGGCUGUCCUCUUGGCUCUGACAGUUUACGACGAGGACGUCUUGACUGUGGAUCAUGUGCUGACUGCCAUUACUGUACUCGGAGCCAUCAUAGCUGGCUUCAGGGUAUUUAUCCCCGACGAAAACCUGGUAUGGUGUCCCGAGAACUUGAUGACAGCCAUUCUGGCCCAGGUGCACUAUCUUCCGGACAACUGGCGGGGUAAUGCUCAUACCUCCCGAGUACGCAACGAACUCUCCCAGCUCUUCCAGUAUAAAGCUACAUACCUGCUGGGGGAACUGUUGUCGCCUGUGAUCACACCAUUCAUUCUCUUCUUCUAUCUGCGACCCAAGGCUCUGGACAUCGUGGACUUCUUGCGACACUUCACGGUGCAAGUGCAGGGUGUUGGUGACGUCUGCUCGUUCGCUCAGAUGGAUGUGCAUCGCCAUGGCAAUCCUACAUGGCAUGCCAAAAAGUCUCUGCCGCCUUGCGUUAACCAGUACAAUCAGGCGGAGGAUGGCAAGACGGAACUGUCACUGAUCCACUUCACACUGACUAAUCCGGAUUGGCAGCCGCCCACGGAAGCAGAGACAUUUGUUUCCAAGGUGCGCUCGGCCCGCAAGGAGGAGACGGUUACACCCGCCAUGCAGCUAAUUAUCAACGACAAUUCUCUGUCUUCCCUUGGUGUCGGGUUGAGUGAGAUGCUGAUGAUGCGGCAAGGGCCUUCCUCUUCCUCCGUUGGACCCCUCUCUCCCAUUAGCAAUAUACAGAUACCAACAAGCCGUGCUGAAGGACCCGCACAUAACCCUCAAUUCAGUUGCCUGGAGCCAACGUUGGGAACCAGUAUGAUGGCAGAGGGUGAUCCCUUGACUGACAUGAGUCUGAGCACCCUCUACCUCCAUGAGGUUCACCACAGACAAAUGCGACGUCAAGGCUAUCCAGACAGAAGUGUAUGGUCCCACGGUCAAAGUUCCUUGCGCACACAGGAGCGAACACCUCUCAUCCCUCGGCAGUCGUGACUGACGCCCACGUACGUCUAGCGUCCACUCACUCACCUCACGUCUCGGCCGACUUACCUCUACACUGGCGUCAACACCUGAUCUCCUAGAAAACCUACGAAUAUGACGGACCUUCUUUUAGGCGCAAUUUUAACUCCCACUAACCAUAAACAUAUUUUAUACAAGAGUGGUGCAUUCAGCAUCACCCCCCCCCCCUUGCUUCAUCAAUCCCUUGUAGGUACAUCUGUGCAGAACAGGAAUGGAACGGGUCUGGUGGAACGCAGUUGUAAAGGAACACUAACGGAAAAUGACAAAUACACUCAGAGCACCAUCUAACUGAAUGUUUUCCUCUCUGUUCGAAGCUGCCUACAUUUAAAUACAUGUACAGAUGAAGUUGAAUUUAUUUAUAUUCCAUUCUAUUCCAUCUCUGUUUAUCAAUGCUUUAACUUUUCGUGUUCAAAUUCAAGUUUUAAAUCUACACUUGUGCAUACAUACCUAAAACUUGUAUCUGAGACCCCCAGUGAUUCUUGGACAUCCUGUUUUCCUGCCCAUACCUCAUCUCUGCUGCUGUGCCUUACAUAAUCUUUGACUGUUAUCUCUGUGCUGUAAGUUGUAUUAAGUGAUCUUUUUGUCCUACAGCUGGCUGCCUUGUUUCAGAAUGAAUCUUGACUUAGUACAUUAAAGUACAUUUUAAUUUGAACAUUAAAACUUUCCGGUAAGACCAAACAAAAUCACCAUGUUGUAAUUGAAAUGGUGGUUUUGUUUGAUUUUGUUUAGUACAAUAAGAACAGUUAUAGCACCUUGAAGCAUAGAGGUGACAAGAUUAUUUGUUUAAUUAAAGUUAGACAGUUCUUUUUAUAUUUGACAGUUACAAUAUAAAAAAGAAAGUGAGUAUGGUUUUGUAUGUGUUACUUACUGAAAAUGAAAUGAAACAGGUUUGAGAGAAACAAAUCUCUUAUGGUAAGUGAUUAGUUUCAGUAAUAUUUUAAUACUUAGCAUCUUCAUUGACCUCUACAGAGUGACGUCAAACUUAAGUCUCACCCUCUACACCAUAAUGUGUCUGCUUGCUGCAUACAAUGUGUUAAAACAUACACAUAUUAUUGGCAGGGCCGUACUCAGCUUUGGCGGGCCCCGGAAAAGAUAUUUGGCUGGGCCCAUCCCUGUACAAGUGUGUCAGGACUGGCCUGGGCCCCGGUACAAUUGUCCGAAAUAAGCGGUCUGAAUACGGUCCUGAUCAUUAGAACAAAGCUGCACUUCAUUGUGAGAGCUUAGUUUGUUUCAAACCUGUUGAUUUGAUUUUAAUACAAAUUCUCCACUGCUAUUUAUAUACAUUUCAUUUAAAUGUAUUGUUAUUUAAAAUGUAAUGAAACACCUUAUUUUCACAUUAAAUUAGUUAGGAUUUUAUGUGUAGUGUGCUUGCAAUAUUUUACUUUCAGUGUUUUAAAUAAUGUGAUUUAGGACUUAAUAGUUUUCACUAAGUUAUCUGACAUAAUAUUAUUUAUUUAUAAUAACAUUGACUAACAGUUCUACAUUCAAUAGCAUAGUUAGUAGCAUGUAUAUGUUAACCUUUAACCAGUUAUAAAGUGUAGUCAUAUUAAACAUUGUUAAGACUGAGACUAACCACUUUAAAUUUGAUGAGGAAUACGAUGCUGCAGUUUCUUCAGUUUUGUUUUGAAUGUAUUUAUAUUCUUCCUGUUAAUCUAUUUUGGAUUGUUCUUAAUAACUAAGUUAGCAUGUGUUUAUUUUCAAUGGUAAACUGUAACACUGUAAACAAAAUCAUUUACAUUUUUACUAAUACAUGUUCACAUUUGUGUUAUUUAACUUAUAUACAACAAGAAUGAUUGUAGUCCAAUUUGUAUGCUACCCAUACAUAACAAUUAGAGCGUUUUAUUUUUUUAUGAUAAAAACUCUGUUUUAACUUGAUUUCAAUCUUUUAGGACUAGUGUUAUUGUCUGGUAUCAGUGAGACCAGUAAAAAAGAUCAAGUGGCAGCUUUAUUUCACUUUGAUUCAGUUAAAAGUGAAACAACUUAAACAUUUUAGGGCCAAGUGUUAUUUUACAGGCAUCAGUGAAAUUGGUAAAGAAAACUAAGUGGCAGCUUGAAUUCGUUUUGAUUCAGUUAAAACUAGUAAAAUUAAAAAUUUUUCGUUAAUUAGUUAAAUUUGAAACAGUAAAGUGCAUCCUAUUGUAUGAAUAAAGUGUAGUAUUACGUUAAUAAUCCCUUGAUUUAAUAUUUUAAACGCCUUAUACUUCUAGAUGAUGUUUUUAAAAACCGGUUUUGUUGUCAGCUAAAUGACUGAAUCGACCAGUAAAUUUGUGGUAUUUUACUUGUUUUUGUAUUAUUUUAUAUUAGAUUUGCUUGUAUUGUACUAAACAAAAGCACUGCCAUUGUUUUAUCUACUAACAAAAACUUUUCCACUUUCUUCAGUUUUUAAUUGGAAAUAGAAAAUAUUAUGAAAAAGUACUUUCAGGUCCAGAUAAAAGUCUUAAAUUGAACAUUUUAAUACCUUGAGUGUACAGAUAAUCAUUAUUAUUCAGAAAUCCUUUAAAAAAAUAAAGGUUCACAGGUGUUUAGUUUUUCAGUACAGUAAAAAAUAAAUGUAUUUUAAUGGGUUGUAAUGGUUCCACUGAUCUUGAAAACAAAACUUAGAAUAAUUGCACUAAUUGCACUUUUAAAAUGUAAUUGAUUUUAAAUUGACUAAUAGUUAAUAAUCUCAUGAAACUAUUAUCUGUAACUUCAAUACUGUGGCUUAUAUUUCUUUAUCAUAUCUUAAUCAAAUCAAAUCUUUGCCUUUGUAGUUUGAAUCAAACUGAACAAUUUAUACAUUUUGUUUACAAUUUAUAAUUAUUUCUAAACUCUUCAUUCCAGUCAUUCAAUACAAUUAUGAAGGAUGAGUUAGGACUCUGCAUUUAGUCCUAAAAGGACCUUUGCCUCUUCCUUACAACAUUCAUAUCUGUGGCUUUAACAUUCAAUCCCAAACUUUGCUGUACAUCUGGUUACAUUCUUUUCAUUCGUUAAUAACUUGACAGUGUUUGCAUGUCUCGGUACUGUAGCAAUCCUGGGCAAGAUCUUGCGCACUGACAUGCAAAAUCUUGCACUGGCCUGAUCUAAUGCUUAGACUCACUUGUAGGUGUAGCUUCGCUACCUCAUGGUUACAUGGGAUUAUGUGUGAGAAAUCUCUUCUUUGUCUCCAUUGAAUUAGUGAUGAUGACAAAUUGUCAAAAGUAAAAUAUCCUGCAAUGUGUACCUUUGACAUACUGUAGGUGAGGAAUUGCCCCAAGUCUAGAAUCCUGAAAAUGUUCUAGGAUCCCUAGUAUAGUGUUGAGGAAGUGUUCUUGUAGGAUCUAUCUGUUUACAACUUAGGAAUUUGUUCUUCCUUGAUUACUAGUACCAUGGGUCUAGAUAGUGUUCUCUUGUACAUGGAUGAGGGAAUGUUUUCUGAACAAUUUUGAGAUUUAUUACAUUUUUUUUAUUGCUGUAUCAUAUCGUUAUUGUACCAGUGAUGCUCUAUAUUACACUACUUCAUAACCUCCAAAGGUAAUUUUUUUUUUAAAUUUUGUUUCAGGAGUGUUUAGUUGUUUUUAUUUACAAUAAAAGUUUUGUUUCUAACAAAUAAUUAUGAGAGACUAACAGGAAAUGGUUUUAGUUCAUUUAAACUGUAAGUAACACAUCACAAAUUGAGUAAGAUUAAUUGUUUGUCAGCAAUUCAUCAGCGGUGUUUUAACUUAAAUAAUUUGUUUAUUCUUUGAUUGUGAUUCUUGUUAUUAGUUGUUGUAGAAACUUUGCAUGAUGUAAAACUGCUUUCUGCCGCAAUCUUGAGUGUUAUAUCAUGUUGGAAAUGUAGCAGUUUUAUUGGCAUAGAUUUUGUGUGAUUUAAUGAUAAACUCCAUUGCAUGAUUGUAAGUUUAUGUUGAAUAAAAUUUCUUCAGGGAAGCGCUAAGUCAGCAAGGAAUCAAGAAUUUUGAAUUGAAUGAAUUCAAAGCGACUAUAUACCAGUGUAGGUUAAAUCUGACUUUUGUUAGCACUCUGAAAGCACUCACCUGCCUAGCUUAAUGGUGACCUAGAAAAUUAAUUGAAUUAACACCAUCAAUGUUAAAAUUAACUCUAAAAUACUCUCCAAAUUAAUGUAAAAUACUGUGAAUUUGGAAUACAAUAAAUUUCACAAGGCAUGGUAGGGUAAAUUGUUAAAUUGGAUACAUUAUUAUAACUUGAAGUAACAGACUUUUGGGCUAGUUUUGUCCCAAUUAACCAGAAGCAAUGUACAGGAUUUAAUCACUGCCAUAUUAUUGUGUUUGAACCUGAUCCUCAAACUACCAUGAACAUUGGAUGUUUUCUUGUUUUACAGAAGUCAACCGAUUAUAUCACUUCUUCCACAUUGAGGUAUAUAUAUAUAUAUAUUAUGUAAAGCUCAACUUAAGUUAGUUACUCUUAUGUCAAAGCUGUCUACAUUUCAUUGAUGAUAUCUGCUCGGAUUGAAAUGCUGUUUAUUUUAUAAUCUUUUAAAACCAAGCGUAUAUUAGGUAUACAUUUUAAGAUCCAAUAACUCCUCAGUAUAGAUUUUAUAACUGUUAUUUCGUUGUAUAUUUCAGGAAAGUUGUACAUUUCAUAUUAGUUAGGCAUAAAUAAUUGUAAAACGGUCUUUCAAAAACUAUUUAUUUUCUCAAUUUCAACUCGGUCAAUAAUUCUGUUGUGAUUUUUUAUCUAUAGAGUAAUUUCGCAAUCGAUCAUGUAUAUUCAUACUUAUCUAAUGUGAAUAUUUACGGAACUUAUACGCUUAGUCUUUAAGUACAAUGAAUUGUGUUAUUAUUUAGUCAUAAGAAAAGUGACAUUUUCAAUUCAGUUCAAGUCAUAAUUUAUUGCACUUUUGUAACAAAACUGUAACUGAGUGUUCAACUAAUUUCGUAUGAGUGCUGAGUGAGUGAGUAGUUUAAAUUCUUUUCUUAUUUUAACAUAAUACGUUUAGUUAAUUUUUUUAUUUUUAAAUAAUUGUGUAAGUGUGAAACGAUAAUGUUUAGUUUAGUGUUUUUAUAAAAAAUGAGUUUGUAUAAAAUAAGAACAGUUUGUAUUUUGUACUCAGAUCUUCAAAAUAAAACUGGACACAAGUA